AUAGGGAACUGUGGUGCUUACCAACAACUCCACCAUGUUGCAAGUUUCCCCUGAAGGAUGGUCCUAGGCUGUAGGCCUAGCUGCAGCACAUGGGCUGUGAGCACUGGGUGUCUAGCUGUCCCCAGUGAGCAUUCCAUACUUCCUGCUUUCAGUGGCAAUGGGGAGUUCACUCCCUGCGGCCUGAUACAGUACCCUCCACCUUCUCCAGGGCAUCAACCAACAAGGAGCAGAGGCACCAAGAGCAGCACCAGGCACAGCUGUGAGCUUUGCAACAGCUGGCACAGCAGCUGCUGGGAGAGCCUGCUGACCUGUGCACACAAGUGUCCUCUGUGCUGCCUGAGAGCCUCUGGGACUGGCACCCAGGGUACGAGCUCCACCUACAGGUCUCUGCUUCAAACCAGGGCUCAGUGUUUAAAGAGCCUUCUGGGGCUGGAGAGAUGGCUCAGCGGUUAUUGCUCUUCCAGAGGUCCGAAUCGUAAACCUUCACCAACCUGGGAAGGCCUGACAAGGCUGUGGUCCAUGCUCAAGGCCCUAUACCUGCCACCCGGAAUGCUAAACCCAAGCCCCUGGACACUCAGAUACCAGUGUGUAAGUGACAAGAGUGACAGUGUUGACAGAGAUAGAAGAUGGACGAGUUAUCACCCUUGGCAUUGGCCUGGCCCUGCAGCUCACACCUGGGGGUAAGGGGGAGCAACAUCCCCAGCAUCUGUCACACUUGAGUCUUGUAUGUGUCCUCAGACUGAGCUGCCCCUCAGCCCUCAUCCUCUAGGAUGCUCACCCUCUGGGCUGGCCAUCCCCUGCCACACCCAAGUCAAA